GGGGGCUCGCAUUGGCCGAAAGCGGCUGUCAAUCACGCGGCGUGCGUCACUUCCGUUGUCAGGUGGCGCUGUCGCUGUGGAAAGAUGCGAUCAGAGAGGAGCGGGGGCUUUUCCUCGACUGCUGCUCGCGUCGGUUAACGGAGGCUAAAACGACCCGAAUGCGAAACCUCGGCGGCGUCUUACGGCCCGGAAACGAACUUCACAUGCGCACCAACGCGUCGGUGGGAGAAAUGUCCGUGCUGUAGCGGGACGACGGAGACUUUACCCGGCGUUUUUCGGCUUGAGAGCUCCAGCAUGUCUAAGCGGCGCUCGUCGGAGAGGGGAGCAGGGGAAACCUCGGGCAGGGCCAGCAAGCUCCUGUGUCCGGGGAUAUCUGGCAGCAAUGCCAAGAGAGCUGGUCCCUUCAUCCUCGGGCCACGCCUGGGCAACUCGCCUGUGCCCAGCAUAGUGCAGUGUCUGGCCCGGAAGGAUGGCACAGAUGACUUCUAUCAGCUCAAGAUCCUAACGCUGGAGGAACGGAUAGACUCUGUCGGAGAGACGCAAGAGGAGAGGCAGGGAAAGAUGCUGCUGCACACAGAGUACUCCCUCCUUUCUCUGCUGCACAACCAGGAUGGGGUGGUGCACCAUCACGGCCUCUUCCAGGACCGAGCUUAUGAGAUAGUGGAGGACACGGAGGCCAACAAGGUGCGUAAAAUGAAGAAGCGUAUCUGCCUGGUGCUGGACUGCCUGUGCGCCCACGACUUCAGUGACAAGACUGCCGACCUCAUUAACCUGCAGCACUAUGUCAUCAAGGAGAAGCGCUUGAGCGAGCGCGAGGCCAUCGUCAUUUUCUACGAUGUAGUGCGUGUGGUGGAGGCCCUGCAUAAGAAAAACAUAGUGCACAGAGACCUUAAGCUUGGGAACAUGGUGCUGAACAAACGAACUCACCGGAUCACCAUCACCAACUUCUGCUUGGGAAAACACCUGGUGAGCGAGGAUGACCUGCUGAAGGACCAGAGAGGAAGCCCGGCAUACAUCAGCCCUGACGUGCUGAGCGGCCGGCCAUACCGCGGUAAACCUAGUGACAUGUGGGCUCUCGGCGUGGUGCUGUUCACCAUGCUAUAUGGCCAGUUCCCAUUCUACGACAGCAUACCUCAAGAGCUCUUCCGCAAGAUCAAGGCCGCCGAAUACUCCAUCCCAGAGGACGGUCGAGUGUCAGAGAGCACAGUGUGCCUGAUCCGCAAGCUGCUGGUGCUGGACCCCCAGCGGAGGCUGACUGCAGGAGAGGUGCUGGAGUCCCUCAGUGCCAUCAUUGCCUCUUGGCAGUCUGUGUCGUCACUGAGCGGUCCUCUCCAGGUUGUGCCAGAUAUUGACGAUCAGGUCAACCAUCCUGAACAUCUACAGGAGGCCAAGGUGACAGAAGAGUCCUCGCAGUACGAGUUUGAGAACUACAUGCGUCAGCAGCUGUUGCUGGCCGAGGAGAAGAACACUAUCCACGAAGCCAAGAGCUUUCUUAGCAAGCGCCAGUUCGGCAGCAUCCCCCCCGUAAGGCGCCUGGGCCAUGACGCCCAGCCUGUCAGCCCCUUCGACGCUGCCAUUCUUGCUCAGCGCUUCCUACGGAAGUAACUAAGUAGCCCCUAAUCGCCCAUGCCAGACUCUCUGGCCUCUGGCCCACCCCAGGGGGUGAGAUACUCCCAGAGUCCAGAGAGGUCUGGGGGGGGAGGAGGAUAUGGCCCCAACAUGAGCUCAUCUACAAGGGGCCCAAGACAAGUCCAGACCUUGUUAUAGGAGCUUCCAUAGGUGGGCUUUGGUCAAGCUAGGCAGUGCGGGCAUGGGGAGGUUACCAGAACCAACUGUUAACCUGGAACGUCACACUCCAUGUCUUGGAUUCUUCAGUGGAACAUCAUGGGGAAGGCUGAGCAGAAGGUUUUAACCAAACGUUACCCUCAUCCCCCACCCCACCCCAAGAUCCCUCACACAGCAAGAUCAUCGCCGUACGACCAACCUGACGGCACAAUUCUACACAGGGCUACCACAAUACCUGUAGCACUUCCCUGAUCUACUCUGCCCCCCACCCCCCACCCCUCCCGAGCAAUACAGGACCAGAGUCAUGUAGCAACCCCCCUCUCUUUUACUGGUUAUGGUAUCGCUCAAGUCGGAUCAUUUGAUCACAGCCAUCAAUCUUCCAUCCAUCCAUCCCCCUCCUCCAUUUCUCACUCUCCCACUCUCUCCUUCUCUCUCCACCAUUUUCUUCUAACCAAAAUGAUCUGGACCGAUCCUGUUUGGAACCAUAACUUCAAAUCAAUCUACCUCUCUGUCUCUUCUGUUUUUGAGGGGAAAAAAAACAAGAGAUUGUAAAGGGGGAGUCUUGAUGCCGCCAUUGAUGUAAAGCAUUACAGUUUUCUGUCAAAGUGAUAAAGGUAUAACCUUUUUCAGUGGGUUUUCCUUCACAAUCUUAUAAGCUUUUUCCCUAUUAACCGUAAUACGUAGCAUUUAGCCCUUUUCUUUGACAUUUAAGAUAGUGAAUAUCAAAGUAUGUGUAGAAGCAUCCUUUGCUAUUUGCAGAGUGCAAAUUGCUCACACGUAUCCCUGUGGAAAUCUGUAUUUCAACACCCAGGCAGCUAAUGUCGGGUACCUGGAAGUCAAAAUGCCAAGAACUGAAUGAGGCAACGCUGUUGGGUCCUCCCUGCUAAGGCACAUUGGCGGUAACUCAUUCGCAGUGCCAUUGUAGUGAAAACUGGGCACCAUCUUUUUUUUUUUUUUUUCUAUCGCCAAAAAUAAUGUACUAAAAAUGAUUGUCAGCCAAGGAACUAAUACCUCCAGCUUUGUUCAGAAUCAAAUGGCUUCCAGGUAUUUCAACUUCCCAGUUUCUCAUUUAUCAAGACAGAUCAUGGGAGACGUGUUCUUGGAAUGAAUGUGAGCUACCAUGCAAUGCUUUGAUUUGUGUGUGUGUGUGCGUGCAUGUGUGUGUGUGUGUGUGAGAGAGAGAGAGAAAGAGAGAGAGAGAGAGAGAGAACGGGGUGAGUGUAUCGGGCAAAAAUGGGGACUCAUAGUGCUAUGGAGUCAUAACAAGCUCGACCCCUUAAGCUAUCCUCCAGUCUUUUACCUGGCCUGUCCCAGUGGCAGACACUGUGAAAACCAGAGCAGGCGUGGCUAAGACAGGGGGGCUGACUGAAUGGCCCAGCUAUUGUCCUCUAUCAUUACUGCAUCGUGGAGACCGGCAACAGGACGACAAUCUGAUCAUUUCCCAUUCUCAAGCCCCCUCAUUAGCCCAGCUUGUGCAUGCUUGUAUUAUCUUGCCAUGUAGGCUGUGUAUGAGACUAGGUGAUGGGUGGUAAUUGAUACCAUAAUGUUUCAAAGAUGAGUCAAAAUGUACAUCUGUAGGUUUUAUCCUCAGCCAGUAGGUCCUCUUUUGGCUAUUAGUGCAUUCUUUACCAGUCUCUCAAGCAUUGUGGAGCCACUAACCUGUGACCGUGUUGGGCAUCUGUGCACAGCAGCUCGCCUGCGCAUUUCUGCUUCAUGCUAUCUUAUUUGUAUUUAUAUCCGGACUGCGCUCAUGAAAACAGGCUUCAGUCUGUUCCCUCAUACUUCCUCUUUUUCCUUUCUUGUAAUUUCACUUUAAUUUACUUGUUAUUUAUUCACUUAUGUAACCCCCCCCACCCCCCGCCCCCAUUAGGGCCACCACAGACACAGAUUAAGCCUGGUCUCAAGUGUUUUUUCUAAUAGAGAUAUCAUUCACGUAACAGGCAGGACUCUGCUGAACACAGCCAGCCCAUAAUCUGUGCUCUCAUCUCAUAGCUUUAAGCAAGAAGUGCUUUAAUUUUAGUAUUUUUUUUUAAACAUUAUGGCUAAAGUUGGAACGUUUUCAUCCCUUUCAGCUACCUUCAAGAAUGAUAGCGUCUGUGUGUGUUUUUUUUCCCCUCCCUAAAUAAUUUUCUUGCCAUUUUGCCACGUACCCCGUGGCCGAUUUAAGCUACACUAAUAUUGAGACUGACUUUUGCAUAGUUCUAUUUUUUACAGAAAAUAUCAUGAUAUCCUUUUUUUUUUUUUUUCUCUCACGGGAGUGAUUUUUAGUGUUUUGUACUAUCACCCCACCCACUCCCCUCCACCCGACCCACACAAGGCUGCACACUCUGGUCAGUAUGUAAAUAUGUACCAUCACGGAUGCGCCAGUCACGCUGUAUGAAGUGCCACCUGACGAAACACUGCCCAAGUCUCGUUUCAGCACGUGUUCGAGGCCGAGCUGCUCGCCAGCCGCCACAUUUGGAGGUAACAGAAAACGUAGUGAGAACGGUUAUCUUCCUCCCACCGCAAUGUGAAUUCCAUGGGUCUAACGCAGUAUUGUAGUAGUAGUAGAGCAGGUUGUUCAUCGGGGGAGAAAAAGGGCGUUUUGUUUUUGCUUUUGUUUUUUUUGAUGCACACAGUCGACGUUGAACACAACAUGAUCCUCCAUGUCAAAGAAGGUUGAACCGGUUCAUCUGGACUUGAUCUGCUGAUCCUCCACGGCGAACGCCUGAUGCCACCUUCCGCGAGGCCCGGGAUAAUACUGUCUAAUUAUUAGAAAUUAAUUUAUAGGUUUGAUAGACCGUAGGUAGGUGUUGUAUUAUCUGUCCCCAGUAUCUGAAAGUGUUUUCAUGUUCUAGAUUGUGGUCUCGCCACAUCCAUCUUUCUUUUUUUUUUGUUCAUUUGUUUGGGUUUUUUUUUUUUGUUUUGUUUUGUUUUAAUUAUGGAGUGGUGUUGGUAGACUGCAAGAUUACGUGGACUGAACAGCAUGGAAAAGUGUGAGGUAGAACUGUUUGUGACUGUUGCAUGAUUUUCAACUCACAAGGUGUGCCACAAUGACCAAUAGGAAUCCGAAGACGAGUUCGUUCUUUCGUUUUCUGCAGGAGAAUGUGCAGCAAAAGCCGAGUCCCUCUCAAUUAGACAGCUGGUGAAAUGUAAUGUUGACUUUUCAAAACACUGAAUUUGUCAUGAUUUUUUUUUUCCCCGUUUCUAAAAAGCUUACUCUACAAUAUGUAAUCAGUACUAUUAGACUCACUGUCUACUUCAACUGGAAACUAGAUAACGGUGUAGGAUGAUGUGGUGUGUGGUGGUAGACGGUUGAAACCCAACGGAAUAAUGUGUCGUAAGCUGCUUGGUUGGACAUGGGCAUCUAGAUAUAAAAAAACUGGGUUAUUGUACAGAUGAAAAACACGUUUGUAUAAAAGACAUAUUUUUGUACUUCAUCAGAUCUCUACAUGCAUGUCAGCAAUAAACUUUGAUAUGGAAACAUUCA